ACCAUCCUUCACGACGUUUGGCUCUGAAAUUACGUACCAAUUCAUCAUUUCCGACAUCUCCUACCCCGUUGAUAUGCAAAGCCAAAGGGUCUAAGACCCAUCACGCAAGUACUAGAUUAGGGAAAGAAGAAGUACAAGAUUAAAUAACACAGCAAAUCAGAAUACUGAAACAUUUCCUGAAAAUCAGGCUGAACAAUAUAUCAGGUUGAAGAAAGACAAAGACGGUUUUGUUGUAAGAUAUAUAGAUGAUACAAUUGGAAAAGGGGUGUUUGCUGAAAGAUCUUUUAGCAAAGGUGAAUUUCUUUUGGAAUAUGAUGGGGAUCUUGUUUCGAACAAAGAGGGAACUAGGAGAUUGGAGGAACACAGCAAUACCUUUGGCUGCUAUGUGUUUUUUUUCAAGUAUGGAGGCAAAAGUUUAAGCAUAGAUGCUACUUUUUCUAAACAAAUGGGAAGGUUUGUUAAUGAUGGAGUUGGAGCAGAUGAGAAUGCUUUAAUGAAAAGAAUUGUUGUGGAUGGGAGCCCACAUUUAGUUUUAUUUGCCAGAAGGGAUAUAUAUAUAGGAGAUGAAAUCAGAUAUGACUAUGGUGAUGUUAGUCGAAACCUCCCAUGGAGAAAGAGACCACUAACAGAUGAAAAAAAAAAUACGACAUUGAAAGAAUGUUGUGUUUCAAUAAGAAGACUGGAGAUUAAAGAUGAUAGUCAUAAAGUGGCAUGCAAUAGAGAGGCAUAUUCUGACAGUGAUAGUGAUAUUGAGAACUUGACAAGGAAACAUAGAGUUUUGAAACUACCAUCUGAUGAUGAAGAUGAGGAGAAACAAGAAUUAGACCUAAGUAAUGAGAAUAAACAAGUAUUGAAUCAACCACCAGAAGAUGAGGAAGUUGGUAGUAAUAUUGGGGUUAGAGAAGUUUUGAUACAACCAUUAGAAGAUGAGGAAGAGGGCAGUAAUAUUGAGGUUGAAGAAGAAAAAUCUGAAGGGGAAACUGAAAAGCUAUUUGUAUGUGCCCUAUGUGAUAAAAAACUAAGAAGUAGAGAAUCAUUUCUGAGCCAUAUGGGUGUGCAUUUCACUGAUAAUGUAAAGAGAAUGCUACCCAAAUCAAAUGAUACUACAGAACACAUACCUGCUCAAAUUGAAAUGAAUAGUCAAGAGACAGCCAGUUGCAGUGAAGGACCAAAAAAGGAUAGAGGCCCACCACUUAAAUCCUCUAUGGUUGGUUUAGAUGCAGGAGAUGCCAGUCAAAAUGAAAGUUACAGUAAAGAUGGAGAUAAUAUUGAAAGAAUAUCACCUGCAUUCAAUGAUACUUCAAUACGCAUACCUGCACAAAAUAAGAUGAAUUGUCAGGAGACAGCCAGUUGCAGUGAAGGACCAAAGAAAGCUAGAGGCAGACCAGUGAAAUCAUCUACUGGAGAAAAAAGCAAAUCAACAAGGUCAAAACCUUACAGACCCUGCCCUUUCUGUGGUCUCCUUAUGGCUAGAUUGUCCAAUCACAUCCUUCGCAAACACAAAGAUAUUCCUGAGGUCAAAGUUUUAAAAAGGCUGCCCCAUCAAGAUCAAGUAAAGCAAAUGGCUAACCUGAGGAAAGAAGGUAUUUGGAAAGCUAAUUUAGACCAGGUGAAAAAAAUGGAGGAUGAAGGAUCUCAAGCAGAAGUAAAAUAUUUUAAAGAGAGGGAGCAUGGAGCAGGUCAACUUGCUUACUGUUCUUUAUGUAAAGGUUUUUUAACAAAGUCUUACUAUAAGAGACACAGAUCCACAUGCACUGCAGUUGAAUCUACAACAACUACAGCGAAAGCCUUAGAUCCAGUGCAUAUUGCAUCUCCAAAGUUUACUUCUUCAUUUAACUUUGAUGUUCUAGCAAAAUUCCAUAAUUCUGAGGUAGGAAAUUUAUGUAGAACAGACAAUCUUAUAACAUCAUUUGGGCUGCAGAUGUAUAGAAAUGUGGAGGCUAAGAAAAGUAAAAAAGAAGAAAAAAGAAAAUCAGUUAUGUCAGAUAUGAGGAGACUGGCACAUUUAUUGUUAGAAUUUAGAAAACAAUGUGAGAUAAAUGGUGAUGCUGAGGCUAAAUCAGCUGUAAACAUGUUUGACAGAGGCAAUUUUCAUUCGUUGGAGUCAUCCAUUUUAGCCCUAACAAUAAAUGAAGAAACUGGGCACACAAAAGCAGGGCUAAAAAUCGGAUAUGGCUAUCUCAUAAAGAGAGUUAUCAAAUAUCUCACUGGAGAAUUUCUCAUCCAAAAAAAAGAUGCUGAAGUUGAUGAGAUUAAGCGCUUCGGAGAUCUAUUGGAAUUUUGCUGGCCAGGUAUAUUUGGGGAUGCAGAAUAUAAAAUAACUGUACUAAGACAGAAAGAAUUGAGGAUGCCAUCUCGCCUUCCAGAUGAGGAUGAUGUUAAGAUGUUGAAAGAAUGGCUGGAAAAUAAAAUUAAAGACAUUAAAACGAAAUUCCAAUUUAUAACUUCUAAUGAAUAUGCUGAGAUUAGAGAUUUACUUGUAUGCAGAUUAACACUAUUUAAUGCUCGAAGAGGAGGCGAACCUGCUAGGCUUUUACUAUCAGAAUGGGAUGAUGCAGAAAAUGGGGUCUGGUUUUCGCAAGAUUCAGUGGAAAAGGUGGAGGACCCCAUUGAGCAAAAAUUAUUAUGUGAAUUAAAGAUUGCAUACCAAGCAGGAAAAAGAAAGCUUGUGUCACUGUUAAUACCCCAGGAUUGUUGGGAUGCCAUUAGAAUCCUUGCAGAUGAAAAAGUUCGAGAUGAUGCCGGCAUUGGGAAAGGAAAUAAAUUUUUAUUUCCCACAACUGCUGGUAAAGAUGAACAUGUAAUUGGAUGGAGUUGUGUAAAAAAAUGUUGCAAAAAAGCCAGACUUAGCAAGGACAUCACUGCUACUGAUAUGCGACACAGGGCUGCAACUUUAUAUGCUGCAAUGGACAUCCCAGAAAAAGAGCGCCGAUUAUUUUAUUUACACAUGGGGCACAGUGCAGACAUGAAUAGAGAUGUAUACCAGUGCCCUGAAUCCGUGAGGAUAACAACAUCUGUUGGGAAAGCUCUUCAAUGUUUAGACAGGGCAGGAAACAUGAAAGCUUCCUCAUCAAAAGUUGCAGAGACUGGUCCAAAAAAUCCAGAAAUUACCUUCUCUCUUAAAGACUUUUUGAAUGAACUGGUGGAUGAUAAUGUUGCAGUAAGGGCAAUAUCAGGAAAAGGAUUGAUAGAGGAAGAUGAAGUAGAACAAAGACCAGAAAAAAUAAGAGCUGCAAGCUGCAUGAAAGAUCUGAUGCUACAAGAUGCAGCAAAAGAAUACUUCACAGAUGAUGCUUGGCUGGCAGCUGAAUCAGUUUUUGAUUUACUUCCAGACUGUAGUGAUGAUGAAUCUGAGAGAUCCCACAUGAUUUUAAAUACAACAGAUGUAAGUGAUAUAAGAGAUUGUGAAGAUGAACCAUGUUCUUCAAAUGAUUCUAUGAUAUCUGGUGAUACAGAGGAGCAAGUAGAAAGAAGAACAAACAAAAGGAAAAGUUCAACAUAUGAUGAUAACAAGGCUACAAAACUUCAGAAAGUUCCAACUGAACCUGAGGCAGAAAAAGGGAAAAGUUCAACAUAUGAUGAUAACAAGGCUGCAAAACUUCAGAAAGUUCCAACUAAACCUGAGGCAGAAAAAGGAACAAAAAGAAAAUAUAAAUUAUGGACUGAAGAGAAUACUAAAGUAGUGGAUGUUUAUUUUAAGAGAUACAUUACAGAUACAUCUAGCUUGGACAACAAAGGGUCAUUGCCAGGAUCAAAAGAUGUAAGAGAGUUUCUUCAGAAGCAUCCAAUCCUUCAAGAUAUUGAAAUUAAAAAAAGGAUAACAGCCAUCAAGACAAAAAUCUUCAAUGAUAGAAAAGUUUACAGAGAAAAAAUUUCAAAGAAACUUAAGAAAACCCUCCAAAGUAUGUGAGCAUUCUGAAUAUCAUGCAUUCCAUAUAAUAGAUUGACUUGUAAUAGGCCUCUUAAUCUGUAAUCAUCCUCAUCUCUCCACCAACAGCCAGUAUCAUGUAAACUUAAUCUGCGUCAUCAUCUCUCCACCAACAGCCAGUCUUAUGUAAACUGAAUCGGCAUCAACAUCUCUCCACCAACAGCUAGUCUUAUGUAAACUGAAUCGGCAUCAUCAUCUAUCUACCAACAGUCAGUCUUAUGUUAACUGAAUCGGCAUUCUCAUCUCUCCACCAACAGCCAGUCUUAUGUUAACUGAAUCGGCAUCAACAUCUCUCCACCAACAGCUAGUCUUAUGUUAACUGAAACAGCAUCAACAUCUCUCCACCAACAGCCAGUCUUAUGUAAACUGAAACAGCAUCCUCAUCUCUCCACCAACAGCCAGUCUUAUGUAAACUGAAUCGGCAUCAACAUCUCUCCACCAAAAGCCAGUCUUAUGUAAACUGAAUCGACAUCAACAUCUCUCCUCCAACAGCCAGUCUUAUGUAAACUGAAACAGCAUCCUCAUCUCUCCACCAACAGCCAGUCUUAUGUAAACUGAAUCGGCAUCAUCAUCUCUCCACCAACAGCCAGUCUUAUGUAAACUGAAUCAGCAUCAUCAUCUAUCCACCAAAAGCCAGUCUUAUGUCAACUGAAUCGGCAUCAACAUCUCUCUACCAACAGUCAGUCUUAUGUAAACUGAAACAGCAUCCUCAUCUCUCUACCAACAGUCAGUCUCAUGUAAACUGAAUCAACAUCAAAAUCUAUCCACCAACAGCCAGUCUUAUGUAAACUGAAUCAUCAUCAACAUCUCUCGAACAACAGCCAGUCUCAUGUAAACUGAAUCAGCAUCAUCAUCUCUCUACCAACAGUCAGUCUUAUGUAAACUGAAUGGACAUCAACAUCUCUCCACCAACAGCCAGUCUUAUGUAAACUGAAUCGCCAUCAACAUCUCUCUACCAACAGCCAGUCUCAUGUAAACUGAAUCAGCAUCAUCAUCUCUCUACCAACAGUCAGUCUUAUGUAAACUGAAUCGACAUCAACAUCUCUCUACCAACAGUCAGUCUUAUGUAAACUGAAUUGGCAUCAACAUCUCUCCACCAACAGCCAGUCUCAUGUAAACUGAAUCAGCAUCAUCAUCUCUCCACCAACAGUCAGUCUCAUGUAAACUGAAUCAGCAUCAUCAUCUCUCUACCAACAGCCAGUCUCAUGUAAACUGAAUCGACAUCAACAUCUCUCCACCAACAGCCAGUCUCAUGUAAACUGAAUCGACAUCAACAUCUCUCCACCAACAGUCAGUCUCAUGUUAACUGAAUCAGCUUUCUCAUCUCCUCACCAACAGCCAGUCUUAUGUAAACUGAAUCAUCAUCAACAUCUCUCCACCAACAGUCAGUCUUAUGUAAACUGAAUCAGCAUCAACAUCUCUCCACCAACAGUCAGUCUUAUGUUAACUGAAUCAGCA